AUGGAAGUCACCAAGAAGGUGGGGGGCCCUGAUCCACCGGGCCCCCAAGGCCACCCCUCGGCCAGCAGCCAGCAGCCAGGGGGUGGCCUCAGAAGGUCUGAGGGACCAUGGAUAAACUCAGGAUCUGUGUACUUCAGGCAGGGGUUGUCCUUGUCCCCUGAGGCCAUCACUGAUAGGACCUGCGGCCCUGCCUCCCAGGCCCAUGCCCCUGACCUUGUUCACCAGCUACACCAGGAUCCUGCUGACAUUGGCUCCCAGUGUGUCUGUGAGAGGGCCUCCCAAGAUGCCCCAAGGCCCCCCUCUACUAGCCCGUUUCCAAGCUCCAUCGUGGGAACCCCAACGCAUCUCAUCAUGGAGAACAGGACCCUGGCCCUCCCUGUGUGCACACACAGUGACAGCACCAGUGACACGGUCCAGCAUGGAUUCUGCCGCUUCCGGGUUCAGGCGCAGGUUGCACGGCGGGGCAAAGCUCCCGCUAAAGUCCUGGUAGGCUGGGGCAAAGGCCCCUGUAGCCCUGACCAGGUAGCCCCCUUGGGCAGCAGGAAGAGCAGGUGGCUACCCUAUCUCCUUUCAGGGGACGAGGACUCAGCUGCAGGCCAAGAUCCUCUUCUGGCUCCAGGCCAAGGUCAGGGCCAGGACAAGUGCCCAUGUCCGGCCCAGACUCCUCCAACUCCAACUCAGGCAAAUGCUCUAGCUGUGGCUCCAACUCCAAUGCCAGAAGUAGUUGAAACUUACACCUGCAUCUCUGGCCACUUGACAGACACCACUAUUACAACCAAUGGCUUGUCCCAAGACCUCCUUCCCAGCAAGAGUGACAACCAGUGGCCAGUCCUCUUGGAGUCUUCCAAAGUGGUCUCAUCCCUCCAGGACAAAGUGGAUUUUGGUUUUCAGAAGGAGCCUCCCAACCAAAUGCCUCCUCCAAAUGAGUCCUCAGACCAUGUCCAGGAGGUCAAGGCUGCCAGAACACAGGUGUUAUCCAACCUGCCUGAGAACCCAGUGGAGAAGCCCCCGGUUUGUACCUCUAGGCCAGGCAGCCCAACACCAGGCUCAGGGCCCCCAGGGACCCCUAAGUCCCAGAGGAAUAGCCAGGAGAACUGCAGCUCUCAGCCAGACCAGCAGCCUCUCAACAUUUGCAACAAUACCUACUCCAAUGUGCCCCAGUCUGCCUACCCAGACUCCUGCCACAAGCAGUCACCUGUCCAGUCUCCCGGGGAAGCCAACCAGAUUCCCCCCUCCACUGCCCCUACUUGCCAACUCCAGAACGCUGUGGAAGACCGUGUGCUGGUGUUCGAUAUGGCCACGGGGAACACCAGGAUGGGGCUGCUGUGCCAUGACCCCACGGGUUCACGGGCAGUGCUGCUGGGUGUCAUGCCCAACCACCCAUCUGUCUAUGUUCCCGAAAAUGUGUUGUCUGCUCCACCAUUAGGCAUGCCCAUCCUUUCCCCUGACAACAAUCGCCCCGACUUCUGGUCCACCUCGCCCAUGCUGUCCAGCCCUGCGCCCUCCAGCCUCUCAGCUGGAAGCUACCGAGAGGUGGCCCUGGUUUCCAAGGAGGGCAGGCUCAACUUGGAGUUGCGGGACUCCCCAGGUACUGAGACACCCAUCAGGGUGUUCACUCGGUCCGUUCCACUGGGGAUGCCCCUCCAAUUCGGUGAGAGGAGAUUGAGCCAUGUUCACGAUCCGGGCUGCUCCAAACCUGAUGCAGAAAAAAAUGAAACUAGUCAUACCAUCUGGAAGCUGGACCGCUCCAGGAUGCAGGACACCUCCACGGUUCAGCCCAAGAAACUGCAGUGGAUGAUCUCAGAGCAGCCCGCAGAGCCUGCUCCUCAGGCCCCAACCCAGGAGGUGUCCAGACCGCUGCUUCAGGAGGAUAUAGGCAAACAUGACCAGAAAGAGGUCCUUACCACUCACCCUGACAACCUUGGGGCUGAGGGUGCUGGGCAGGCCUUCCCCAGCGAACCCCCCAUUUCCAAAGAGCCCAUCAUCCCAGGAAGGCCCCCCAUCACCAGGGAGACUGGCCAGGCCUCCACCUUGUGCCAGGAAGGGGAGCCCUUGAGCUUGCCAGCCCAUGUGGGGGUGCUUCAGGUGCCCCUGGCCCCCGAGGAGACCUGUGUCUACAUGAGCAGGGACAAGGUCGGCAUCAGAGCUGCUGAAAGCUCCAGCACACAUCGGGUGCCAUCCUGGCAACCCGGAAGCCCCCCCAGCACCCAGGGGGAGCAGUUUUCCCUGGUCACAUUCUCCACACCUGGCACUGGCUACAAGGUCCUGCCCGUGGCCAUGGUGGGCACCGAGCCACAGGGUCCCCGGUUCAAGCUGACACCCGAGGACAUCUCACACCCAUCAGUGCUUCCACACCUUGGCCUGCUCCGUGGGGCCUGCUACGAGCUGGUGCCCACGGCAGGUACUCUGUCAGUGCAGUCCCCGCUGCUCUGCCGUCACUCGCUGGGCCCCUACCAGGACAUGGCAGCGGUGGUGAUUGACACGGGCACCGGCUUCACUAAGUGCGGACUGGCUGGGGAGGACCACAUCCUCAGCGUGGUGCCCUCACGUGUCCAGCUGCUGCAGCACCCGGCCCAGGAUGAGCCCCGGUACACGGUGCCCGAGAACCAGGAGGCCUCCUAUUCGGUGCUGAAUCGAGGCGUGGUCUCCGACUGGGAUGCCCUGGAGGUGCUGUGGCAGCACCUGUUUUACUGCAGGCUGGGCGUGCGGCCGGAGGAGCUGGCGGUGCUUGUGGCCGACUCGCCCAUCUCGCCGCGCACCAACCGAGAGAAGGUGGCUGAGAUACUCUUCGAGCGCUUCCACGUGCCGGCCAUGCAGACAGUGCACCAGGCCCUGCUGGCGCUCUACGCCUACGGGCGCACCACCGGGCUGGUGCUGGGCAGCGGCCACGGCACGUCCUAUGUGGCGCCUAUCCUCACUGGGGAUCUGGCCCCCCUUGACACCUACCGGCUGGAUGUGGCUGGGGCUGACCUCACUGAAUAUUUGGCUCAGCUGCUGCUGGCGGGGGGCCACUCACCGCCCAAGGUGGGGCUGGUCAACCAGAUUAAAGAGUCCUGCUGCUACGUGGCCAUGAACAUGACAGCUGAGGUGGCCCGCACCCAGACCCAAGCCCGGGUGGACUUCGUGCUUCCAGACAAGCAUGUCAUCACCCUGGGCUCCGAGCGUUUCUGCUGCCCUGAGGCCCUCUUCCAGCCCAGUCUGCUGGGCCUCAACCAGCCUGGCCUCCCGCAGUUGGCCCUCCUGAGCAUCAGCCGGCUGGAGGCCAAGCAGCAGGAGGAGCUGCUGGCCAAUGUGGUGCUGGACGGCGGCAGCACCCUGAUCAAUGGCUUUCCCGAGCGCCUGCGGCAGGAGCUGGGCCCCCGAGCCACUGUGCUGGGCUCUCCCCAUCGCGCUGUCGCUGCUUGGCUUGGAGGCUCCAUCAUGGCGUCCCGGGACUCCUUCCAGAGCCUGUGGCUCAGCCGCCGUGAGUACGAGGAGGAGGGCCCGUGGGCCAUCUACAAGUACCAUCUGUGAGCGCAUAAAAGUUCUCGUUCUGCU